AUGGGUGACGUACGGCAGAGUGCAGAUAAUGAAAGUCCGGUAUUAUCUGGUUGCGAAUCUCAAUCUUUGGUUCACCGAUUUUUCCUUGCGGCCAAUGAGAGUGCAUCAGUCUUCAAUUGGACAGUUCCAAUUGCUUCUGACAAUGGUGGUGAAGAGCUGAACGUUACUGAGCCAAAUUAUCCCAAACCAGGUGUAGAUGAACUGGAGGCUGACUAUUACAGUUUAACCUACUCUGUGACAGACGACAAUGGCAACAUAGGGACAUGUAAUGUUCUUCUCAUUGUGUCAGAGGUCCAUUGUGAUCCAGCACCAGGACUAGAAAAUGGUUUUUUAUCAUUUGGAUUUUGCGACACGAGAUAUCUAUCCCUCUGUGUCUACGAUUGUUCCGAGGGAUACACCAUUAGGAAUCGCAUACUCCAGUGCAUUGGUCAGACGGGAACCAAUUCAGCUUCAUGGAUAGCACCAGGGGGUGAUGGACCGGUGUGCGAAGUACAAACUUGUGACAUACCGCCGCUUUAUGGUAUCCUUGAGGUGACCAACGGGACCUGUGAAGUAUCUUCCUCUGUUUCAGUCAAUGAAAUAUGUUCCUUUGGAUGCGUGAAUGGAUACGCUUUGAAAGGGGAUGGCAUUAUUCAGUGUGGCCUGGAUGGAUCGUGGUUGCAACCAAUUCCAGAAUGUGAACCUAUCACUUGUCCCCCAAUACCGGAGCCUAUGAAUGGAGGAAUUAAUGGAUGCCCUUUGCAGAUAAAUGUUGAGUAUGGAUCUAGCUGCAGUGUCUUCUGUGAUGUUGGGUUCAAGCCUAUCAAUGAAAGCGAUCCUGUUCAACGUACCUGUGACAAAGAUGAAGAUGACAUAGGAUUUUGGAAUGAAGGUGGAAUAGUAGCAUGUGCUGCUGUGACUUGCCUCCCACUGUCUGAUCCCGUCAACGGAGAAAUAGAAUCAUGUACAAUUGAAGGAUCAAGCACCAACACCAGUCACAUUCAACGUUAUAACACAGUUUGCAGGUCGUCCUGUAACCUUGGCUACACAGCACAGUACAGCAUCACUCGUAGAUGUACAGAUGAUGGAUCUUGGGAUGGCGUUGACCAGCUCUGCCAAGAUGAAACCAGUCCGGAUAUUAACUGUCCAUCAGACAGAAUUUUGUAUGCAGACUUCAACCAACUUGAGGCAGUAUUUGAAGCUAGCCUUUGGGAGCCUGUGCUUGCAACCGAUGCUGGAAAUAGUCUGACAGCUUACCUUUACAGCAUAAACUCAGAGACUGUAAAUGGAAUCAUACCAACCACCGUGGUAGAAGGAGAACAUACAAUAGAGUACCGGUCUACUGAUGUUGCAGGGAAUUAUGAAUCCUGUUCAUUCACUCUAGAUGUCAAAGUAACCAGAUGCCCCCCGUUGUAUAUUCCUGCGAAUGGUGAAAUUUUGAUGAACUCUGGCAGUGGCAGUUGUACCGGCGGGGCAGUAUAUGGAUCGGAGUGCCUGGUUUCUUGUCUGGAUGGUCAUGUACUCUCUGAAGACACAGGGGAUCAGUCUUUUGUCACCCUCGUUUGCAACAGAUCCAGUUCACUUUCCACAGUUGGAAUCUGGAGUGGACAAUUGCCAUCUUGCAACAAAAUUGAAUGUGACAUUCCAAUGGUGUCCAAUGGAUCCGUUUCUGGUUGCCCAAUAUCUGCUGUCUAUGGCGAUUCAUGCUACUUCAGGUGCAACAGUGGAUUCGAGAGCAGCGAAGGAAAGAAGUCUAUUACCAGAGUUUGCCAGGCCAAUGGCACAUUUGACGGACACGACUUCAACUGUGAUGUUCAAAUAUCAUGUCCUGCACUGAUGGAACCCGAGCAUGGGUCUGUUUUUCCACCUAUAUGUACUCAAUCUGGAGGUGUCCCCUAUGAUACACAUUGCUCAUUCUCCUGCAAUCGUGGCUACCUACAAAAUGGAGUUUAUUACAAAACAUGCCUUUCUACUGGAAUGUGGAGUGACACACGUGAAGUAUCAUGUACAGACAAUGAGGCUCCUGCUUUCUCAUCUCCAUGUCCAAUGAACCACUACUACAAUGCUGAGAGGGGUCUUUCAUAUGCCUUCAUACCAGAGAUAAGUGACCUUGAACCAGGCGCAUCUGACAACUCUGGAGAAUUCAAUAUUACCCUGAAUUCAGUGAUACCAGCCAAUAACCAGUUCCCCGAGAACCCAACGAGGUUGGUCUACAUGGCGGUUGAUGCAGAGGGCAAUCUGGCUGUCUGUCAUGUAAUUAUUCAUGUAACAGUGUUUCGAUGUCCUCGGCUUCAAGCUCCUUUCCAUGGAUCGAUUUUCAACUGUACUGUUAGCCCUGUGUAUGGGUCUGAGUGUUCCUACUUGUGUAAUGAAGGAUAUGAACUUGAAGGAUCUGAAAUAAGAACAUGUGAACUAAGUGGCGAUCAUGGACCUGCGAGUUGGACCGGUGACGAACCAGUAUGCCAAGCAAAGACCUGUCCUGCACUAAUGACCCCACCAAAUGCUGUAAGAUCCGGCUGCGUCAACAACCCACCCAACGUCGAAGUUUAUGGCACACAAUGUUUUUUCUACUGUGAGUAUGGUUUUGAAGGGACUGGCGAAAGUAGCUCUUCUUGCCAAGCAGAUGGAACGUGGACAAGUGAUAAUUUCACUUGCAGAGCUACCUUAUGUGCAGCCUUGGAUAUUCCACAUGGGUCUUCGGUUGCACCAGAAAAUUGUGCCGUUGAUCCUGUGUUUGGCCAGUCGUGCGUUGUCUCAUGUAAUCAAGAAGGGUACCAGCUUUCUCCUCCAAACUUCUCUUUGUUGUCAUGCCUCGGAAAUGGCAUGUGGGCUCCAGGUAACACAACGUUUACAACAUGCAAAGACAUACAAAGCCCGCUGUUCUCUCAAUGUCCCCAAUACCUGACUUUUAACCCUCCCCGGGGGGAAAUGCUUGCCAAUGUGUCCUGGAACGUUUCAGCUACAGACAAUAGUGGUGAAGAACCAGCUAUUUCAUGUGACAAGGACCAAGGCCCUAUGGCAGAAGGUGACUACCAGGUGAGAUGUACCGCCUCAGAUGCCACAGGGAAUAGCAGAAUGUGUACAUUCGACAUUGAAGUGCAAAUUCACAGAUGCCGUCAAUAUUGGCUACCGCCUUUCGCUGAAUUUGUUGGUGCCUGUGAAACCAUUUGGGGUGCUGAGUGUAAUUUAGCUUGCUCUUUCGGUUACCAGCUGAUUGGGUCUAGUAAGGUCACGUGUGAGUAUGAUGGCUCUGAAACAAGCUGGAAUGCAGAAACAGCACCUACAUGUGAAGCUAUCCAGUGUGAUCCUUUAGAACUGCCUGAACAUGUCAACAUCAAUCCACCGUUGUGUGCUGGCCCUGUACCUGUCAAUGCAGGGAUAAUGUGCACACCAUAUUGCCCAACUGGUAGAGAUCUACAAGGUAAUGGGCUGCCCAUCGUUUGUGAAGAUAAUGGUCAAUGGAGCAGAUUCAUAAGCAGUUCAUCAGAAGAUUUGUCCUGUACAGACAUCACCGCACCAAUCUUGAAAUCCUGUCCAUCUCCAAUUACUCUUACAAGGACCGAGGCUUGGGGUGUGACAGCAACCUUUGCUCCUCCUACCGCUACUGAUUCUCUAGACGGUAGUAAUCUUCGUGUCUUAACGUUGCCAUCUGAUCUUGCGUCCCCGUACAACCUCACUGAGGACAGCACAUUCAUCUACACGUUCUUUGACAUGGCCGGAAAUAAUGUAUCAUGUUCUUUUACAGUUUAUGUUCAAGGCAAGGAAUUUCAAUUGAACAUAUUUUAA